AGCACUGCAAGUAGAUGCACAUACGUAUCUGCUUUGACGUUCAACCUGCGUCGUAGCAGAAGCUAGCCCAUUGCACCUCUUCCGUGUUCCGUCACAUUCUGCCACCGCUGGCGUCCUUCAUAAAUAUUUUCGGCGAGUGCUUUGAAGCGACGUGACAUCUGUGUUUUUUCCUUUGUUGAGGUUAUAUAUAUAUAUAUAAGAGCAGAGUAGGUGUGUCGUUUAGCACACAAUGGGCUGCGGCCAUUCGCAUCUCGCCCAAAAAGGGGCGACGAGCAAGAGCACUCACGUAGGGCCCGCGCCGUCCGCACGGAGCGCGACCCCCGAAAAGCCAGCAGAGGAGGAGGAGGACCUCUUUAACCAGCUUGUGGCGGGCUACGUUGGCGAAUACCCUCAGAAAGGCACCGUUACGACCUACGAAGACUACAAGGGCUACGUCACCUCCACCACAAAUCACGUGUCGAAAGGUAAAGUUGAUAGGUUGUGUCGAUGGUCUGAUGCCGUUUUGCAGGAACGCCACCGACUCAAUCACGAUGUCUUCUUUAACCCACAGAACCCGGCUGCGUGGCCGAGGGAAGUGAUCGCUGAGUACACCUCUGCCCCGUCGUUUGCGGAUAGACAUACUGCGCAGCAGAGCUCGUAUAAAUAG